UCCUAUUGGGUCAGCGCACGAGCCUCCAAGAUGGCGGCAGAGGCAACCUGCGGCUCGGGCGCGGCGAGUACCAAGUCUGUGGCAGAGGCAGCCCGAAAGAGCAACAUCACCAGUUUCCAGAGGAGGGGUCCUAAAGCCGGUGGGACUGAGAGCAGCGGCCCUCGAUUGGUGUCUAUUGCGGGCACUCGACCGUCGUUGCGGAAUGGACAACUGCUGGUAUCAACCGGGCUCCCCGCCCUGGACCAGCUCUUAGGUGGAGGUUUAGCUGUUGGAACCGUUCUUCUGAUUGAGGAGGAUAAAUAUGAUGUUUACUCAUCGUUGCUCUUCAAGUAUUUUCUGGCAGAAGGACUCAUCAAUGGGCAUGUUUUGUUGGUUGCAUCUGCUAAAGAAGACCCUGCUAACAUUUUACAGGAACUCCCUGCACCAUUACUUGAUGAUAAUUAUAAAAAAGAAUUUGAUGAAGAAGUUCGCGAUCAUCAAACACCAGAAACUAAUACUAAGAUGAAAAUAGCUUGGCGAUACCAGUUGUUACCCAAGAUGAAGACUGGACCAGUAUCAUCUUCAAGAUUUGGUCACUAUUAUGAUGUAUCAAAAAGGAUGCCACAAGAACUACUGGAGGCUUCAAAUUGUCAUGGAUUUUUUCUUCCACAAAAAAUGUCUUCAAAUCUUAAAGUAGAACCCUGUUCUUUGAUUCAUGGCUACACAAAGCUGCUUCAGUUCAUCCAGAACACCAUUUAUGAGGAAGGAUUUGAUGGAUCCAAUCCCCAGAAAAAACAGAAAAACAUUUUAAGAAUAGGAAUUCAGAAUCUUGGUUCACCUUUAUGGGGAGAUGACGUUUGCUGUACAGAAAACUGUAACAACAGUCACAGCCUUACCAAGUUCCUCUAUGUUCUCCGAGGUCUUCUAAGAACCUCUCUGUCAGCCUGUAUCAUCACAAUGCCAACACAUCUUAUCCAGAAUAAAGCAAUUAUUUCCCGUGUUACAAACUUGUCAGAUACAGUGGUUGGUCUGGAAUCUUUUAUUGGUUCUGAGAGAGAAACCAACCCAUUAUAUAAAGAUUAUCAUGGUUUGAUUCAUAUUCGGCAAAUUCCUCGGCUUAAUAACUUGAUUUGUGAUGAAUCAGAUGUCAAAGACUUAGCUUUUAAAUUAAAAAGGAAGCUAUUCACCAUUGAGUGGGUGCAAGACAACUACUUGAGACAAGAGAGGAACAUUUAUCCUCCAGGCUUCUCAUACUUACUCAAGCAGAAAGACUCUGCAUGGGGAGAAGGUUCUUUACAGCAUUCCACAUUUUUAAUGAGCUUCCUUGCAAAGGCGACUACAUUUGCCUCCAGACUUGUCAGACACAGUGAGCCGCUCAAGCAAACAGGAUCUGGCAGAAUCCGCCAAGCUGCUGGGCCCAGGCUGUGGCAUGAUGGCCGGAGGCAAGAAGCACCUGGACUUCUAGGGAUUCCUCCUUAGUCUUUGCAUGCAGAAUUAUGUGACACUCUAAUUAUGAUUGCUAAUAGCUUAUGUAAAUAUUUUUCUUAAUGAUUUGACCCUCCAGUCCUUAAAAAACACAGUGAAGAUUUCAAAAGGGGGCCACCAUUCUCCUUUUUUUAACCAACUAUUUGUACAGACAUAAUACAAUAGAAAUACUUCUAUUUUGGAAUUUUGUUUUUGCUAUGUUCAGAGAAAAUAGAUCAUUUAUUUUUAAUAAAUGGGGGGAAGGUCAAAAAAAUCAAAAUACAGUGGUCAUUAGGGUACUUGUGCUAAGGCACUUAGAAUCAUGGGAAAGCACAUGUUAUAGCAGGCAGCAUGUGAAACAUGAAAUUCAAGUUAUAUUCAAAAACAUUUUGUCUUUACUUCUGAAAAAGUCACUUGCCCCCAAAAAUGCUAAGGUUUUUUUUUUUUUUUUUGGUAAGAAAAUUUUGUUUGCAAAUCUAUGAAAUAAAUUCACAUUUAUGUAUCCUAUUAUAAAAAUGAUGAAGACAAAAUAAUAUUUGGGGAUUCAGACUCUGUUUAAGAUACUUAGUGUGCCAUAGUAGUUAAUAAAUAUAAAGAACUUGAAUGAUAGAAAGAAUAGAAAAAGAAGUUGAUGGUCUUCUGUUUAAUAAUCCUAAACAAUUGAAAUCAGCACUAUGAAAUGGUGUCAACAGACAUAAUUCAGGAUUGAAAUUCAAACUGACAGCUAUGGUAAUUCUAGGACAGUGGGGGAAACACGUAUUGAAGCUUGGUGAGAGAUUUUUGCAGUCUAGGUCUGAGACAAAGGGGAAAAUGAGAUGAAAAUUUCCAUUGCAUCACGUCAACCCUUUGUUAAUUAUGAACAUUGGGUGAAUAUGUGAAUUUUUAACUAUAAAAACAUGUCUUUUGGGAAUAUAGCACUUUGCACCAGUUUUCACAUAAAACACAAGGUUUUUUUGAAUCAUAGUUGCACAUUCUCAAAGCUAAAUAUCAUAGAUUAAAAGUUAAAAUGUAACUUACAUAUUUAAGUAAAGCAUCUCAAUUUUUAAAAAGACAUUUAACAUUCCAUUAGGAGAGACUGGAUUUCCAAAAUACAUUUUCAAUUAUAUUAGAAUAUUUUGAAGCAGUUAUAACUAGCAUUUUCAAACAGUUUGCUUUUAAUAUACUGCAAAUUAUACUUUAUUUGCUCUUGACAACAUUGUAGAAAACAAAGACUAGGUUUUUAAAACUGUCUAACCAAUAUGAUGAAUGUCAGUCACUUAAAAAAAAAAACCACUGUAGCAUAAACACAUACUGUAUACAGCUUUUAUUCAGAAUUAGAAUAAUUGAAUCAAUGACAGUGAUUUGCCAGGAUGUCAAAUCUCUCCAUCAUAUCCUGUCACUACCAGUUUAUUUUUUGUGAUCAAAAUCAAAAAGACAACUAUUUUGUCACCCGCUAUUUCAUUAGUACUAAAAAAUUGGGUUUAUUCUUCUAUUUUUUUUAGAAUGUCUGGUUUAUUUUUUUAUCUCUUUUAAUUCUAAAGACACAAAUUCUUCCCCAUUUUCUUUUCAAAAUAAAGUUUCAGAAUUGAUCUGUCAGUUAAAAUUAAAGGGCUUUUAUAUUAAGCAAGGGUGCUUUUAAGAUUUAAAGCAACUUCAAAAAAUCAAUUUAGUCCAUAGAUAAUAAAUAAUGUUAUGCAGAUAUUCCACAAAAGCUUUGCUGUGUCCUUUGAAUGCAUCAUGAACAAAGUGAAUAAAUUCAAAUGAAUAUUUUA